GGAGAAUAUCCGGGAUCGAGCGCACGGUGGGCCGGCGGUACCUGUCCUGCGGGCGGCGGUGUAACGAGCUUGGACCUACCUGGAGCUACGGUACGGCCACCUGUCAGUGGAGCGGUGCUGCCUGUGCCCUGGGACUGCACCUAGUCCCAGUACAUCACUACCCGGCCCAUACUCAGCACUGCACCCAUUGGCAUUCUACAAGAAGACUUGCAACUCUCGCACUGCAUUAGGAAAUCAGUGCAAAGGAAGCUCUAACUUAACGUUUUACGCUAAAGUACUCCUUGAGUUUGCACUGUAAUGAAACACUGUCACUGAAACUUGCAUUGGCAUUUUGCAUACCUAACGAAUUCGUCUUUUCAACCAAGUUUUUUAAAUUUCCAUUGUAUACAUAAAAUGGAUUGUAAAGGUCUCCCUUUCUUCGUGUUUGUUGGAUUGCUGCUGUUAUGCCGUCCGUCAUCAAGCCAUGACAAGUUGUCGUGUCCUACUUGCAAGAAAAUAGUGAGCAACUUCUUAAAGGGUAUCGAAAAUACAUCCAGAAAGAAUUUUGGUGGUGGAAAUACAGAUUGGGAAGAAAGAUAUUUGUCGAAAUAUGAAAUCAGUGAGACUCGUCUUGUUGAAAUCAUGGAAUCCCUGUGUGAGAAUUCUGAAUUUGAGUGUAAUCUCAUGGUGGAAACCCAUGAAGAGCAUAUUGAGCAUUGGUGGUUCACGAUGCAGAAAGAUCGUUCUGAUUUCUUCCACUGGUUGUGUGUGGACACAAUUAAAGUUUGCUGUCCAGCCGGGAGCUUUGGUGUAGACUGUGUUGGAUGUCCCGGUGGAGUGGAUAGGCCCUGCAGUGGGCAUGGUACUUGCAAUGGCGAUGGUACACGGACAGGUGAUGGCUCAUGUAGCUGCACGAAGGAGUACAAGGGAGUAGAAUGUCUGGACUGUGCUGAUGGCUACUACAGUGAGUUCCAGAAUGAAACCCAUUCGCUCUGCACAGCCUGUCAUCCUGCCUGCAAAAUGUGCGCUGGUCCAUCAAACCACAACUGCAGUGAAUGUGCAAGUGGCUGGGUAGAAACUGUCACUGAUGAGGAUGGAGUCAUCUGUGUUGAUGUCGAUGAAUGUGCGGCAGAAACCUUGCCAUGUAAGCAACAUGAGUAUUGUUCAAACACAGAAGGGUCCUAUUCCUGUGAAGCUUGUCAUAAUGCCUGUGAUGCCUGUACUGGAGAAGGCCCAGAAAAUUGUAUCAAUUGCACUACUGGAUACACAAUGGAAGGGUUAAAAUGUGUAGAUAUAAAUGAAUGCAGCCUGUCUGAAAAAAUGUGUAUACGUGAAAAUGAAGACUGUGUUAACACUGAAGGCAGCUUUAAAUGUAUCUGCACAGAGGGCCACGAAGACCACAAUGGAGUCUGUGUAGAAAUAAAAACAUCAGUUGAAGUGGAGAAGGUAGAAGAGACAAUUGUUGAACCUAAAGUGUUAGCAGAUGAUGCACUUCAUGAAGACCUUUGACCUACAAUUUGACAUUUUUUUUCUUGUACAAGAAAUCUCCAUAUAUUUUGAAAAGGACAGCCUUCCAGAUGCAGGAGUGAUUUGUUUUUUCAAGUUACACAUGUUGCUGGUGUGAUUUGUUUACAUGAAGAGCCAUGCAUUCCUGGCCUGCUAUUUUAAACUUCUUGAUUCAAAAUGCCCACUGCUCACUUCUACACGCCAUUGAUACUUGCUUUCACUUUAUAUCUAUUUUAUGUGAACAAUUUGUCAAUAAAAGAAAGCAUUUUGUAAUGCUACAGAUGUUAGUAAUUACCUCUGGAAUGCUGACUAUUCCAAUGUGGCACAAUCUUUGUGUAGUGAUACUGAGCCUUGUAUCUGAAAGGUUUAAAUUGUCAUUGGUUUGGGUAUAAUUUUUUUUAUGUGAAUUUAAUAUCUUUGUUGGAGAGUAGUUUUGUUUAUGAAUUUGGAAACAAUGGUUUUAGCACUAUAUUACAUGACCAAAUUUAAUUUAAACAUCAUCCCCACAAUCUCUCUUCCCCUUGGUGUUAAUGUUCAUUACCCAGUCUUUAGACUUCAUAAGUGUUUAAGAAAGAAAUCUAUCACAUGUGAGAUUCUCUGUAAUCUAAUCUAGAAUUGCAUCCUUUGUUGUACACAGUAACUGCCUAAAGUAUUAAUGUAUGCCUUUUGGACUCCAUGGACAUCAACUUCAGGUGCAAGAUUUGAAAGGCCGUCAUAUAUCUACUGCAUACAACGGGGGAGGAAUAUUUGCCUUGUUCUCUGUACUUCAGCCAUGUUUUCUAAACUAAAGGCUAUUUUUUUUUUAAAGUCUUCUGGUCGGAUCUUGCAUUUGAUUGGGAAGAUGCACCAUUUGGAACUGAUGUGUAUAUGUACCUGCCUUUUUUUGUUUUUUGAGUGCUGAGUUUGAGAAAUUUAUGAUUUUGAUUCUACAUUUAAAAUGGGUCAAAAAAUAUAAAAACAUGGGUCAGCAAAUAUAAAUUAGUGCAAAAUAUGAUUACUGAAACAUUGGUAAUUUCUGCUGACUUUGUAUAGCUUUAUUUAACUGUACAGAAUUAGCUGUUGAGGAUUGUAGCGUAUUGUAAUUCUUGGUUUAAAAUAACUUCUGAGAUGGUGAAAUUCUCAAGUUUUCACUGAAAUUUUAUUCUUGUAUUUUUCUUCCUUACCAUUGAUACACAUUUUUUUUAACACCU